GGCUUCACACAGCAGCUUCAUUACUCUGCCUGAGCGAAAACCGCGAUACCUCUCGAGAGGGCUGGCGACCUCUUUCUCUCAUUGAAGUCGGAACCCUCGCUGGUGUUGCAAUCGAUCCUGACUCUAAUCCUUCGCAAUCUUUGAGCGGUAUUCCAGCACUUGUGAUGGACAUCGAUUCGGGCCCGAGCUCAAGCAAGGCGGUGCAAAUGGAUUUGGAGGAACCUAGCGAGAGCGGGUCGAAUUCAAAGGGUAAAGAAAAGGAAGAGCUUUCCGAGUCGAUAGAGAAAUUGAACAUAUCCGAAUCAUCAUCAAAUGGAAACUUCAGAAGAAAGCCAGUUAUCAUCAUUGUUGUUGGGAUGGCAGGGAGUGGUAAGACUACAUUUCUUCACCGGUUGGUUUGUCACACACAAUCCUCAAAUAUCCGUGGAUAUGUUCUGAACCUCGACCCAGCGGUUAUGACGCUUCCCUUUGGUGCCAACAUCGAUAUAAGAGACACUGUUCGCUACAAGGAAGUAAUGAAGGAGUAUAAUCUCGGCCCUAAUGGUGGAAUUCUUACAUCGUUAAAUCUUUUCUCUACAAAGUUUGAUGAGGUUAUAUCUGUUGUUGAGAAGCGGGCAGAUCAGCUUGAUUAUGUUCUGGUGGAUACACCUGGUCAGAUUGAGAUAUUCACUUGGUCAGCUUCGGGAGCAAUAAUUACUGAAGCUUUUGCUUCCACAUUUCCUACAAUCAUUGCUUAUGUUGUUGACACACCUCGAUCGGCUAACCCAGUGACGUUUAUGAGCAACAUGCUUUACGCAUGCAGCAUACUUUACAAGACAAGGUUGCCUUUGGUGUUGGUUUUUAACAAGGUUGACGUGGCCAAGCAUGAGUUUGCAUUGGAGUGGAUGGAAGAUUUUGAGGCAUUUCAGACAGCAUUAGACACUGAUACUUCAUACACAUCAACUUUAACGAGAAGCCUUUCUCUGGUUCUUGAUGAGUUUUAUAAGAGUCUGCGCUCUGUUGGAGUUUCAGCCGUUUCUGGUGCUGGAAUGGAUGCCUUCUUUAAUGCCAUAGAAGAAAGUGCUAGAGAAUAUAUGGAGAAUUACAAAGCUGAUCUUGACAAGAGACGGGCUGAGAAGGAAAGGCUGGAGGCAGAACGCAGGAGGGCAAACAUGGAGAAAUUACGGAAAGACAUGGAAAAAACCAAAGGACAAACUGUGGUGCUAAGAACUGGUCUGAAGGACAAGGAAUCUGCUAGUAGGAUGAUGGAAGAGGACAAUGAGGAAGAAGAAGAGGAAGAAGAUGAUAAUGUUAGGUUUUCAGAGGAGGAUGAGGAAGAAGAUGAGGGUGAAGAUGAGGAAGUUGCCCACUUUGCAUUCUAAGGUCUUGACGUUGACCCACCUAGCAGCACCUUAUGGAGCAUGUGACCUGAGAUUGGGAUCUUGGUAUCAGCUGGCAAAGGAUUAAUGACUAGAAUUUUGUCUUGUACGCUCUGUAGACAUCUCAAAAGUGCUAUAUAGUUUUGGAUGUUACAUACCUUCUAUGGGAUUAUAAUCAGCAGAUUUUGUUAAUUUAGAAUGUGAUCAAGUUUGGCUUUUUGUUAAUGGCAGAAAGCACUAUUUGGUCCAUGCCUUUCCUUCUGAAUCAAUGCAAGUAUUGUUCUUAACCCUCA